CACAGCUCGAUUUAAUCCACGCCUCGACAAGCAGCAUGCCUUCCAUGGACUUCCAUCGCCCUGAGAACGGCAACGCCAUCCUCGCGAGGGCAGUCCUGCUGCAGUGCAGACUGGUGGGAAAUGAGUUCGAUGAGACUCUCCAGCGAGACUUCCGCUGGGCAAAGUCCGAAGCAUUGAGGUACGUCAGCCCUGACGUGGUCAACGGCGUGUGCAAGCUCGCGGAGCUCAUUUUUCAGAAGGUCUCCCUCGAGCGACAUGCAGAUCGGAAGCAGCCACUGGUGUUCCUGUACAACUGUACUCUUGGCCUUCCGCUGUACCACUCUCGGCGGCUGGACCAGGAGGCUAAGGAGUUCCACGGGAGCGUCCUGAAGCCGUUGCUGGGAGAUGACGACAUCGCCCAAGCGGUGUGGCAGGUGUGCUCGCGGAGCGCGUGGCUGGAGCAGAACACCCGAGACUGGGAUGGGGCGCAAGCCGCCCACAUCACAGGGGCGGCCCAGGGCUAUCAGGCAGCCAUGGCCAGGGAUGCCAGCGUAGUGGCAGAGAACGUGCCGCGCAUGGGCUUCGACUUCCACAGAUGAGCCAACCGCCCAAAUUGGAUGGCCAGCGAGCUGUGCGAGAAGAAUC